AAACCCUAUUUCCUUUACAGCAAUAAUCAGUGUCAUCACUAAUUAUCUUCUUUGCUUUUGGCAUUUUUCCCCCUACAGCCUGCCACCUCUAAACAGGAACCUCCAUGCAGCAGGAGCUGCGUUGGCUUGGGUCUUCCAAGUAUCCCAAAUCCAGAUGACUUGGGGGGGGGGGGGGAGGAAGCCAGCGACUGCUUCCAAGGAGGGCCAAGUGGCGCCUCCGCCCGAGAUGACCUCAGCAGGCCGAGGUGGCCUUGAAGGGCAGGGAAGGCGAGGAGGCCCAGGCCUGACGGGCCGAGCGGGCGGGUGGGCAGACGGGCGCGUAGAGGGAGCGGGCCCGGGCUUCCCCGCGCGGCGCUCUGGGAGUUGUAGGCUCGCUCUUUUCCUUCUCCUUCAGGCACUACCUCUCCAAGCCCAAGGACGUCCAGGCGGUGGGCACCCCGACUUGCAGGCUGCGAAGGUGGGACGAGCUCCUCCAGUGGCGCCCGCCCCGCGCUCAGCUGCGCGCCCGCGUCCGAGACGACUUCCGGCAGCUGGCGUUGUGGGUGUUGUAGUCCCCGCCCAGUCAUCUGCUUCGCCCAGGCCGCUCGCUGAACUACGUUUCCCCUCGGCCUGUGCGCCUUCCCGAGCCGCCUCGGCGCCAGCCCGGGGCGAGCCGAGUGUCUCCAAGAUGGCCGCGUGGGGAAGGAGGCGUCUGGGCCCAGGCAGCAGCGGCGGCAGCUCCCGAGAGAGGGAACCAACAGUAUUUAUAAUGAAGAACAUCAGACUCUGAGCUGUAACCUGAAUUCUUGUCCAAAAUUCAGCAUACUGGCAGCCAGCACAUCAGACAGAGUACCACUUGUCCUGCGGCAUCUUUGAGGCACACUUGCCCAUCUAGGAAAGCACAGAGUGUGUACUGUGUGUACUUCCACCUGUGUGCCAGCCUGGACCAGCUCACAGACAGCCUGUCUUACUUAGGCUGCUUGGUGCCACUCUCUCAGGGCCCCUGAGCAUCCCUGAGCUCUUCUCCGUGAUUGUUGGAAUGGUAAGCUUGUCGGCCACGGACUGCUACAUAGUACACGAGAUCUACAAUGGGGAGAACGCCCAGGACCAGUUUGAGUACGAGCUGGAGCAGGCCUUAGAAGCCCAGUACAAGUACAUUGUGAUAGAGCCCACCCGUAUUGGUGACGAGACAGCACGCUGGAUCACCGUGGGCAACUGCCUGCACAAGACGGCUGUGCUGGCGGGCACCACCUGCCUCUUCACCCCAUUGGCACUGCCCCGGGAUUAUUCCCACUACAUCUCCCUGCCUGCCGGCGUGCUCAGCCUGGCCUGCUGCACCCUCUAUGGGAUCUCCUGGCAGUUUGACCCGUGCUGCAAGUACCAGGUGGAGUACGAUGCCUAUAAACUGUCCCGCCUGCCUCUGCACACGCUCACCUCCUCCACCCCAGUGGUGCUGGUCCGGAAGGACGACCUGCACAGAAAGAGACUGCACAACACGAUAGCAUUGGCUGCCCUGGUGUACUGUGUAAAGAAGGUUUACGAGCUCUACGCUGUAUGACUCCAGGAGAGGGAGAUGCAGAGCAGAACUACACAGCCCACAGGAGAGGAGAGGACUCAGAUCGCCACAGCAACAUUUUGUGCUUGCUCUGUGAGGCAGCAGAGCCUGGGAAGGUGUUUGGUUUCAUACUUGUUAUUUUUAAAAAAAUAACACAGAUCAUGGGUUUACCAAGGGUUUUUUCAGCUCAUUACACUAGGUGUGGAUUUCCAUAACCCAGGAGUGGGUCCGCGGCUGUGGAAGUCUGGCUAGGUGUUGGAAUGUGGAUGGAGGCCAACACUACUGAUGGGUGUGAACGCGCUUGGGGGGGGGGGUGUCUUUAAGUGUAUUGUUUAACUGCACCAUUCAGAGCCAACCAGAAGCUGUUGACCAUUAAAAUUAUGAGAAUUUCAA